AUGUUAAAUGGUGCAUUACGAAAUCAAGCUACUGAUGUUCUUCAUAAACUUGGCUUUUUCAUUCGUGACUUACAUAAUGAACUUCAUCAAUUACAAAGGAGUGCACCGUUCAGAUUAUCAGUGAUCAUUUAUCGAGGUCAAGGACUUAAUCGUAAUGAUUUUAAACGAAUUCAAUCAACACCAAAUGGAAUUAUUUCAUUUCACAAUUUUCUUUCCACAAGUCGGAGUGAAAAUAUCGCACGUCUUCGAGCAAAAAGUACGACCGACAGUCAUGAAUUAGUAGGAAUCUUCUUUCAUAUGACCGUCAGUCCAAGUAUUGGUGACAUAAUAUUUGUUUCGAUUGAUAAUCAAAGUGAUUUUGGUUUCGAUGAAGCAGAAGUUCUCUUUUCUAUCAAUACGAUUUUUCGAAUUGGUCAAAUCGAACCUCUUGGACCCAAUCUCGACCGAAUUCGUUUAACUUUAAUUCGCAAUGAUGAUCAAGAAAUACAACAACUGACUCAAUAUCUUCGAGAAGAAAUAAGUGUUCAUGAUGAUUCUGUCUCGUUUUGGUCAAUUUGA